AUGAUUUUCAAAAGCAUAAAGGCCAAACCUGCUUCUGCAAAGUGGUGGGAUCGAAGGGACUGUGUAUUUAUUGAAUUUUGUGUCAAAGACAGUGAAGAUGUUAAUGUAAAUUUUGAAAAAUCCAAACUUACAUUCAGUUGUCUUGGAGAAAGUGAUAAUUUUAAACAUUUGAAUGAAAUUGGUCUUUUUCGCUGUAUUAAUCCAAAUCUUAAUUGGCUUAGCGUGGACUUUAAUAAUUGGAAAGACCAGGAAGAUGAUUCAGAUGAAGACAUGUCUAAUUUUGAUCUUUUCUCUGAGAUAAUGAACAACAUGGGUGGUGAUGAGGAUGUAGAUUUACCAGAAGAAGAUGGAGCAGAUGAUGAUUCACAAGACAGUGAUGAUGAAAAAUUGCCAGAUCAGGAAUAA